AUGAAUCGAACAUUUUCUUUGCGUCGCAAAGUAAAAAAGACGGAAAUCUCAACUCCUAGUAAUUUUGAGCAUCGAAUUCACGCGGGAUAUGAUUCCAGAACGGGAAGCUAUACUGGAUUACCAAAGCAAUGGCAAGCACUUUUGGGACCGCCCAGGUCGAUUACAAGACCAAAACCAGUCGUCGACCCAUCGUGCAUUACACCAAUGGAUGUAGCUGAACUGAAAACAGUAAUUCGAGGUCCAGAGUCGAGGCUAAAUACACCCGUACAGGCGUCGUAUUCUCAACUUCCUAGUGUUGCCCGGAGUAAUAGUCUAAGGAUGGCUGCUUCACCUGUAGUAAAUAUUUCCCAGCGCCAACCAUCUCCUAUAUCUUAUCGUCCAUCUCCUGUUCCUGUCAAUCAGCGUGGUUAUCCAUUUAAUGAGCCCACUUAUUCACCCUUGCCAGUUCGAACAAGCAAAAACACCACCACCUUUGGUACACUUCCACCAACUCCAACUAGACCAAUCACCACCAUUGUUGCUCAUCAAAGACACCAACCAGCAAGACCGGCCGAAGGCGUUUCGUACGAAGAAUUUCGAAAUGCUUUACGCUUUGUCGUAGAUUCGUCUGAUCCAAGGCACGAUCUUAAAGAUUUCAAACAGAUUGGGGAAGGUUCCACUGGAAUUGUCGAAGCUGCUUAUAAGAUUUCAACACGCCAAAUUGUCGCUGUGAAAAAAAUGAACUUGAAAAAACAGCAGCGUCGUGAGCUUCUUUUCAAUGAAGUGUCAAUUCUUCGUGAAUAUCAUCACCCGAACAUUGUUCAACUAUUCUCUUCUCAUUUGGUCAACGACGAGUUAUGGGUUGUGAUGGAGUUUAUGGAGGCUGGUAGUCUAACAGAUAUUGUUACGGCGACGAGGAUGACCGAACCGCAGAUUGCCACGAUCUCGAAACAAGUUCUUGGAGCGUUGGAAUUCUUACAUUCGAGAAGAGUCAUUCAUAGAGACAUAAAAAGUGAUUCGAUAUUGUUGAAACGCGACGGAACAGUCAAAUUGUCGGAUUUCGGUUUUUGUGGCCAACUCUCUGAAGAAGUUCCGAAACGAAGGUCGCUGGUUGGAACACCGUAUUGGACUGCUGCUGAAGUGAUUGCUCGUGAGCCGUAUGAUACUCGCGCCGAUAUUUGGUCGUUCGGAAUAAUGCUUAUUGAAAUGGUCGAAGGCGAACCUCCUUACUUCAAUGAUCAACCAUUCCAAGCAAUGAAAAGGCUACGAGAUGAACAAGCGCCGAGGUUUAGUAGACAUGCAAAUGUAUCUUUUGAGCUUGCUGAUCUACUUUCACAUUGCGUCGUCAAAGACGUUUCGCACCGCUGGCCGGCUCGCGAUCUUCUCCGUCAUCCAUUCAUGGCUCGUGCUCAAAAUCCAUCGAUUAUCGCGCCACUUCUUCUUCAACUCGGACAUGUCACGACGCGACCCUCGACGGCCCAACACACUUUUAUUUCCUAA